UUUGUGCAGUUGAUAGAGGUCUUGAACUGAGUUUUGUGAUCUAAAGCCUGUUCAAAUCAGGUUCAGAUCAUGGCUUCGAGUUCCACAGAAGUCACUCUUCCGCCUAAGGUAUGCCCAGCCGUGUCUCCCUCCCCCAACCUGAAACGCAAGCAACUAAUGUGGCAGAAUGCAGUACGUCACAUUAUCGACCAACGAGGAAUGCACCAUGACGGGCGAGCAGCCAGUUCUCACAAAAUCAUUGUUACUGAUGCCUACAUCGAUGACAUCAACAGGCAGAUUCGUAGCAAAGCUGUGCGGGGCAACGCAGGCACGCAUAAGCGGCGUUCCUCGGCAGCCCGCGUUCACCCAUUACGAGAGCGCAACUCCACCUGCACACGCAAGUCCACCGACUCGCUCAGUGAUGCUGACUUCUUCGUAAGCUGGGGCUCCACAGUGCGUGGCAUUUUCCUUCCGGUUCUUCACCACAAGUUUAAAUCUCAUGAUCUCGAGCAUCUGUACCAGCAACACUUGUCUGGUCAGUGCCGAGCUUUUCUUGUAGUCACUAAUGUCAUUGAUAUCCUUACCAAACUCCAUAUUCUCUUCAUCUACCUGGCUGUGGCCCCUGAGAUGGUGGACUCUCAACAAGGAUGGUUGGCUGGGCUCUUCAUGGGACUUGGAGCAGUAAUAUGUGUCUUAGUUCUGACCUGUAAAGGAUUGAUGUCUCCAGAUUACCUGCGCUAUGCUGGGCUGGCAAGCUGGUUGUCCCAGACUGUGCAGGCGCUGGGUGGUUUGGCAUAUGGGUUGGAGAACCAGUCCUGGUAUGCGCUCUUCACCCUUUUCGCCACCUACACACUAUUGCCCCUACCUCUACUGUGGUCCAUCUUCAUAGGGUUCUUCACUGCUGCCUUGCACCUGUUGGUGGAUGCCCUUAGGAACUACAAUGACACGGCCAUUGUAAGAAAGUUACUAGCAAAAGGUCUGUUGUACAUGGGUAUGAAUACCGCAGGGCUGUUCAUCCACUACUUAUCGGAUCGCGCUCAAAGGCAGGCAUUCCUUGAGACACGGCGUUGCAUUGAAGGACGAGUCAAAAUGGAACGAGAGAACCAGAGACAGGAGCGGUUGGUGAUGUCCAUUCUUCCUCGAUUUAUUGCUACGGAGAUGAUUGGUGAUAUGACUGCUAUGGAAGAUGAAUUGCUUCCUCAACAGUUCCAUAAAACCUACAUUCAUCAAUACAAAGACGUCAGUAUCCUGUUUGCUGAUAUAAAAGGCUUCACCUCUCUCUCCAUGACCAUGUCAGCUCAGGAAUUGGUGCGCACACUCAAUGAGCUGUUCGGUCGCUUUGAUCGCCUUGCCGAGGAGAAUCACUGCAUGAGGAUAAAGAUUCUUGGAGAUUGUUAUUACUGUGUGUCUGGGGUCCCAGAGCCCCAAACUGCACAUGCGCGCUGCUGUGUAGAGAUGGGUCUGGCAAUGAUCAACACUAUACGUUAUGUACGUAAGGAGCUGAAGAGAGAUAUGGACAUGCGUAUCGGCAUUCACUCUGGCUCGGUUCUGUGUGGGGUUUUGGGUCUACAGAAAUGGCAAUUUGAUGUGUGGUCUUGGGACGUAGAUGUUGCCAACAUGCUAGAGGCUGGAGGAGUCCCAGGGAGGAUUCAUAUAUCACGAGCAACCCUGGACUGUCUAAAUGGGGUAUACGAGACAGAAGAAGGUCGAGGCUAUCAGCGGAAUGAGUUUUUACGCAAACACAAGAUCGACACUUUUCUGAUCUGCCAUACGCCACAGGAAGACAAGGAGCCCCCUAAAGUCCGGAAGACCAGCAAAGAUGAGACGACAUGGAGUGCUGAGCUUCCGUUUGAUAACAUCAUUGGAAUGAACUGCAUCUUAGCCACUUUCACCAAUGGCUCCCUAGUGCAGUUGCCCAAUCAGAUUACUCCUCAUUGUGCUGGGUCUCGAGAAAUCAACAAGAGAAUCAAGCAAGCCAUCGAGGUGCGCAGUAGUGAGCGAAUGCGCAAAGAACACAUCACACCCGUCACACUAGUCUUCAAAGACAGACACAUCGAGGGAAAGUUUUCUCAGAUGAGAGACGAGAUGUUCAAGUCCAACUUGGCCUGCUCAUUCCUAAUGCUCCUCUUCAUCAUGGCCGUUCAGGCCCUCAUCCCCCCACCACAAAUCUGUCCUAUGGUAAUCCAGUUUUUAGUAUUCCUGUUUGUCUACGUGCUACUGCUUCUGGUAACACUGGCUGAGGAAUUUAAGCGCUCCCCACCGUACUUACAACAUCUGUGCUGCUGGAUCCACGAGACCAAGAGUAUCCGUAACCUGCUCACCCUCACCGCUAUUGCUAUUAACUUUGGUGUGGCCACCUGUGAUAUUUUGUGGUGUAACACGGUUGGAGAGGCUAAAGAAAGUAACAAGAACUCAGAACAAGGUGCACAGUGGCCAGUAAACAUCUGCACUCAUCCUGAGUUCUUUGUUUUGAGCGGUAUGGUGGCCAUGGUGACGUGUGCUGUGUUCCUGAGGCUCAGCUGUCUGUUGAAGUUGGCAGUACUUAUGUUAGUCAUUGCAGUUUACACAUACCUCAUUGAGGUAGCCUUCCAUGUGCUCUUUGUCCGCCAACACCAAAACGGCCAAAUUCAGAGAAAUCAGUACCUCAGACGCAAAGGCGUUUCUGUGUUGCUAAUGGCCAUGUUUGUUGUGGUUGUCCUCUACAACAGUAGACAGUUAGAGACUACAGCCAGGCUAGACUUCCUGUGGCGCCUUCAGGCCAGACAGGAAGUGGAGGACAUGAAGGAACUGAGGGAGCAUAACGAGUGUCUGCUGUACAACAUCCUUCCUGCCCAUGUCGCACGCCACUUUCUUGAGAGAGACAGGAACAAUGAGGACCUGUUCUCUGAAUCCUACGAGCGAGUUGAGGUGAUGUUUGCUUCCAUUCCAGGCUUUACAGAUUAUUACGAGAAGAAAGAGUUGAUUCAUCAAGAUGUGGAGUGUCUGCGUCUUCUUAAUGAGAUCAUCGCUGACUUUGAUGAGCUACUGGAAGAGCCUUACUUCCAGGACAUAGAGAAAAUCAAAACCAUUGGCAGCUGCUACAUGGCUGCAUCUGGCCUGUCUCCUGGAAAACAGGAAUGUGAAGAUGAGUGGGCUCACCUCAGUACGCUGGUUCUAUUCGCUUUGGCCAUGCAAGAAACUCUCAAACAAAUAAACAAACGUACCUCAAACAACUUCCAGUUGCGUGUCGGUAUUUCUCAUGGGCCUGUAGUCGCCGGAGUGAUUGGCGCCACUAAACCCCAGUAUGAUAUCUGGGGCAUGACUGUGAAUCUUGCUAGCCGAAUGGACAGCACAGGGCUCAGUGGGCGUAUUCAGGUUCCAGAGGGCACGAGCCGUAUCCUGGCUGACCGCGGCUUUGUGCUACAGCUUAGAGGAGAUAUCUACGUCAAAGGGGUUAGCGAACAGCGGGGAGGGGUCCGCACGUACUUUGUUAGCAGCAGGGAACAGAGCUCAAGCUACGCCGAGAGAAGCACCAGCAGAGGGAUCUCUCUCGGGAGGAACACCCUCGCUGCUGUGGUCUUUUCCCUGGUUCAGGCCCGCAAGAAAGAGGAAUUACGAGAGGCCAAUGGAGGCUUUCAUCUUAUGGAGAUCGCAUGAAUUUUGAUUGAAAACUGGACAGGAACCAUAUUUAAUACCUCUUUUAGAGAAUCUUAUGUCUCUUUCAUGAGUCAUUGCCUUCAAGAGAUUUUCCACAUUAUCUGUUAUUUUUUCUGAAUAGUAACAACUUUAUUUUUCUUGUAUGACCAGAUUUCUACUGAUUUUCAAAGUUGCUUAUUAUGGAAGCCCAUUUCCACCACAGAAUUAAAAAAUGGUAAUUUUGACUUCUUUCACAAUUCUGACUCUUUUUGCUAUUAUAAAAAAGUCAGUAUUGCAAGACAUAAACUCAGAAUUGCAGGAUUUAAACACUUAAAUUCUGAGCAGAAAAAUCAGAAUUGUGAGAUAUAAACUUGCA